GCCCUCUCACCUUUGUAAUACUGUUUGCACAAUUGGAGCGCCUUAUGCAGUCAUCAGUGUAGUACAAAGCCACCAGUCGAAAACGGUAUGGUCUUAGCCAACAGUCGAGGUACAUAUCGGUGUCACAAGCAGCGCAAGCAGCAGUGAGUCAAGCCGAUUUCUCAGCGAACCACCGACUUGCGUCUUUGUGCACAAUGACGGCAAUUACUCAGCACCGAGCGGCUCAACAGUUCGUCCUUUCUCGCCGACAUUUGAAUGUUCCUGAUGUUUUGAGAUGUACGAUAUUGAACACACUACGCCCAUAUAGAGUCUUCCAUAUAAAGUCCAGUGCUUCUUGAUCUCUCCGUCAAGGUUUACCGUUCACAAUAAGCACGGACAGAGGAAACAAUAUCCGUAAAUUCAUAUCCCGAUUGCAAAGCCAGAUAUAACAUAAUCCCCACUCAACAAAAUGACCAAAGUCGAAGCUCCGCUGGCCGCAGACCAGGCGCCAGUUCCCGGUGCAUUGCAAGUCUCAGACCCCGGCUUGAUCAACGAGGGAGCCAAAAAUGUUCCCUACUUCACUCCCAUCCAGGACCCAGCCGCCGGGACCGCCAGGGACCCUCAGCCAGAUGGCACGCUCUUCUCGCCGCUCAAGAUUCGCGGCCUGACGCUGCACAACCGCAUCAUCGUGUCGCCCAUGUGCCAGUACUCUGCCGACAAAGGGCACAUGACGGCAUGGCACAAGACGCACCUCCAGAGCUAUGCGGUCCGCGGCGCCGGGCUUGUUCUGACGGAGGUCCAGGCCAUAGUGCCCGAGGGCCGCAUCUCGCCCGAGGACCUGGGAAUCUGGGAUGACUCGCAGCUGGUCGCCGCUAAGGAGGUCAUUGACUUUGUCCACAGCCAGGGAGGGCACAUUGGUGCCCAGAUUGGCCAUGCCGGCCGGAAAGCGAGCACCGUUGCGCCGUGGAUUGACCGUAAGGCGGUGGCAGGCGAAAAGGGUCGUGGAUGGCCCGAGGACGUCUACGGACCCUCUGCCGUAGCGUACAGUGAUGACACCUACGUUCCCAAAGAAAUGACCUUGAAGGACAUUGAGACUGUGAAAGCGAAAUGGGUUGAUGCCGUUAAGCGUGCUGUCAAAGUCGGAUACGACACCAUCGAGAUCCAUGCCGCCCAUGGGUACCUGAUCAAUAACUUUCUCUCGCCCACGUCCAACAAGAGAACCGACCAGUACGGUGGCAGCUUCGAGAACCGUUCCCGUCUGCUGGUCGAGCUGACAGAACUGACACGCGCCAACGUGCCCGAGGACUAUCCGGUUCUGGUGCGUCUCGCCGGCACCGACUAUCUGGAAUUCGACCCUUCGAUACCCCAGUGGGACAUCCCUCAAGCCCAGAAACUCGCCAAGAUCCUCGCUAACAAGGGGGCGGAUUUUCUCGAUAUCUCCGCUGGCGGGCAAGAUGCGAGAAUGAAGGUCGUUCCAGGACCCAAGUACCAGGCCUAUAUAGCGGAAGCUAUCCGGAAAGCCGUUGAGGGCACCGGCACCCUGGUUGGAUCCGUCGGCGGCAUCGCGACGGGGAAGGACGCCACGGAAGUCUUGGCGGACGGCCAGGCAGACGCCGUCCUCGUGGGCCGGGCGUUUCUCAAAGACCCUAACCUGGUAUGGACUUGGGCUGACGAGUUGGACAUUGACGUCCAUGCUCCUAGUCAAUACGGUUGGCCUUUCGGACGCACAAGGACCCACAGACCAAGCAAGCAUUGAGUUGUGAAUUCUUGGAAUCAUGGCUUGGCUUCAUCCACAUUUCCGUGCCGUUUCCGAGGAUCGAAUGGUCUUGGUCUUUUAGAAUAGGAUCGAACGGCUUCAGGGUGUCGGGUAGUAGUUUCUUUUUUUUUUCUCUCUAUAGAGUCCCAUGAGUUGAAUCAUUGAAUGAUGAUUGAAUUUUGACC